GGAUGGCGCUUUAUUUCUGAGGUUAAUCAGUUCUCAAAAUGGGGACACCUAUAUUGAACAAAUCUAGAUCAUUCUACACUCCUGAGAAUUGUGAGAAUUCUGUUCAAAGCAGCAGCUUAGGGAAACAGCUAAUGAGUACAGCCCUACGAGAACGGUUGAAGAAAACAAGAAGAUCCUUUCAAUCAGAUUUUAUUGUCGCCAAACAACUUAAAAUAGAUGAUGAAAACAAUAGUAAUCAGAAGGAGAAAACUUUAUCUAUGGAAGAACCAUAUUUUGUAUCGCAUGCUGAGGAUAAGUGCUUGGAAAAAGUUCCUGAUGAAACUAUGUGUUCGAAGAGUUCUGCAGAAGACGGAUCACUAUCUGAAUACAAUGGAUAUAAUAAAGUUACGCACAAUUCUUCAGAAAUUAAUUUGUUGGGGACAGACUGUAAACAAUGGGAGCUGUUGGAGGAAAAGAUGACACUAAUGAAGCAGCUUCAGGAAAAAGAGGACAUUCUUCGAAGGCUUAAAUUAGUCAAACUAUACAGAACAAAGAAUAACCCAGAAGAGUUACAAUUUCUGAUAUCAAAAUGGAGAAAGAGUUCCCAAGCAAUGCUAUAUGAGCUGCAGACAGCCUUAUCUACUGAUAACAAGAAAUUAAGUCUUACUCAACUGAUUGACAGUUUUGGAUUAGAUGACAAACUCUUACAUUAUAUCCGAACAGAUGAAGAUUUUACAGAUCCAUAAAAAAUAAUGUUUUAUUUCACUCUUAAAAAUAUAUCAAAAGAUGACUAUUUUCAAAAAUUGAAUCUAAGUUCUGAACUGUAUGACUACAUUAUUAUAAGAACCUGCUACCUCUUUUUGUUUCCUUUUUACUCCAGCCUCUAUAUUUAAAUCCUGGCCUCCUUAUUUAAUACAUUAAAUUCCAUGAUUAUGUUAUUAUGUCCCUUCUCAUUUGUUCUUAACACAGUCUCUCUUCAAAUUGCAAUCAUUCAGCCAAUUUCUUUUGCCAAGUUGCUUUAGCAUACUUUUCCAUAUACAAGGAUAUAUUUCUAUUCUUUUAUGAGUUUUUAAUUCCUCUGCACAUCUUUUGGUUUUGUAAAAGUGGAAUAUACCAGUUUUAUUAAUGACAACAGUAAUCUGUUACAAUAUAAACUGGUAAAAUUUAAAUGCAUUGUGAAUAUAAAUAUAUUGAUCAAAAUAAAUUAUGAUACAAUUUUUAUAAAACUAUCUUAAUAUAAUAAAGAAUUAAGUUGAAAGAGAAAAGAAGGGG